AUGUCGAAGGGACGUGGUCAAUGUGCGGCCAAGGGUAAGAGCUAUGAGAAGGGCCGAACCUCUGGAAAAGGUCCACCUCUUGAUGACUAUUUCGAGUUGAAAUCCAGCAAGGUCACGCUUGGAGAAGAAAGCAGAGAUGAGAUCUUGGCACUGAUUGCCCAAUUCCGACAAGGCCCAAAGCCAAAGAAGGAAGUUAAGUCAGAUGGUCAAGGCGAAAAGGAGGAUGAGAGGGGUGAGAGCUCCGAAGAGAUGGAGGAGGAUCCGUUGAUGUCGAAUCGCGAAAAGCGAAAGCAGCAGAUCCGCCUCAAGAAGAAUCUCAUGAAACAGCUUCUUGAGGAAGACAAGCGGGAGGCAGGCGAAGAGAAAGGAAGGAAGACCACGGUGAACUCAAAGCCGGACUCCUCGCAUGUCCAGGUGCGUGUUUUCUAUCGAGAUGAAAGGAAGCCAAGUGACAAAAAGAAAGGGCCUGAGCUAAUCCGGAGAGGUGCUGCAGAUGCAGUGAAGGAGUUCUUGGAACUGGCCAAAAAGAAACUGCAGAUCAAUGGGAAGAAAAAACUGUGGGCCUACAAGCAAGGCGAAAUGCAGACCCCACUAGAGAAGACUGCAGAUUUGGCUGACAACUCGGUCUUGGUCAUUUCGAUGAGGGAGAUCACGUCUUCAGACGUUCCCGAGGAGGUCACGGAAAAGGAGCCAAGUGCGAGCCAAGGGCCGGAAACGACGGGAGAGAAGCCUUUGGAGACAGCUCCAUCCAUGCCAAACCUAGAGGCAGUGAGAGCUGCGUAUGCACAAAGGGCGGUCUCUGCAGCCCCGCCUUUGACGAAAGCAGAGCGGCAAUCGAUCAGCGAAGAAUUGCUGAAAUCUUGGGAGGCUUAUGAGGAGCGCGGCGAUUUGCUGCGAUCUCGCUCCAAUUUGCCAGCUGCAGAGGUGCGAGCUCCGUUCUUGGAAGCUUUGGCUGCGCAUCAAGUGGUCGUUGUGGCUGGAGAGACAGGCUCUGGCAAGACCACCCAAUGCCCUAACUUCAUUUUGGAGGCAGCAUCUGCAACAGGAAGAGGUGGGGACGUGUCAAUUAUUUGCACCCAGCCGCGGCGUAUUGCAGCGGUCGGUGUGGCCACACGAGUGGCAGAAGAACGAGGUGAGACAGUGGGUGGUCAUGUUGGUUAUGCCGUCAGAUUGGAUUCUAGAUCUACCAGGUAUACCCGGCUACUCUUCUGCACCACGGGAGUGUUGCUGAAUCGCUUGAACGCAUCACCGGACUUGGAAGGGGUCACUCACAUUGUGCUCGACGAAGUCCAUGAAAGGAGCCUUCACACUGACUUUUUGUUGACAAUCCUUCGUGAGCUCCUCUAUCGGCGACCUGAUCUGAAGCUCGUGCUGAUGUCAGCAACGAUGCAACAGAGCAUAUUUUCCGAUUACUUUGGCGGCCUGGUGGACGGGGAUGAACCCCGCGUGCCCGUGAUCAACGUAUGCGGCAGAACUUAUCCGGUGACUGUGCGCUAUGAAGGCCAAGCGCAGGCUGCGUCCAAAGGGAGUCCCAUCGGUCCAGUUCGUGCUGAAACUGUUGAUGUGGAGGACGCAGAGUUUGAGGCGGAGGUGAAGCGACAAUAUGGCAGGGGUGCUAAGGAGAUUCGAAUUUCACCAGCCGUGCAGAGCAGUGCCGAUCUUCGACAAAUUGCAAACCUUUGUGCUGCCAUCCUUACCGGCAAGUAUGAGCCAGAUGAAGAUGGGCAGGAAGAAAGAGGUGGAGCAGGAGGUGCCAUCCUGGUUUUUCUGCCUGGUCAUGCUGAGAUUGAGAACUGCAUCAGCCAGUUGAAAGGGCAAAGAGGUGAUCGGGCUUGGAUUUUGCCUUUGCACGGCUCCAUGUCUGUGCAACAGCAGCAGCGAGUCUUCAAACGCCCCCCAGCAGGACAACGCAAGAUCAUUGUCUCUACUAACAUUGCAGAAACCUCCAUCACCAUCGAUGAUGUGACGCACGUCAUCGAUUCAUGCCACGUCAAGGAAACGCGCUUCUCCCCUCAGAGCUCGACCAGUGUGUUCUCUACAGUUUGGGUCAGCCAAGCUGCUGCCAAGCAACGUGCUGGCCGAGCUGGUCGUACACGACCAGGUGUUUGCUGGAGACUAUGCCGGCAAGACUUUAUGGAGAAAGAGCUGCCCAAGCACACGUUGUGUGAGAUGCAACGCACUCCGCUAGAGGAGUUGGUACUUCAGCUGCGGUUAUUGGAGCUGGGCGACCAUCCGGGCGACUUCCUUCGGCGUGCGCCUGAGCCACCAGCGUUAGAGGCGGUGGAGCGUGCCAUUCGAGCUUUAGUGGCCAUUGGUGCGCUUGAGAAUGACUCCCAACUGCGCUUGACACCACUCGGAUUCCAUUUGGCACAUAUGCCCGUCGACGCGCGCAUUGGAAAGAUGCUGGUGUAUGGAUCCCUUUGCAAGUGCUUGGCUCCUAUCCUCACCAUUGCGGCAUGCUUAUCACAGAGGUCUCCUUUCAUACGGAACUUCAACCGCACGAAGGAGGAGCUACAAGUGCAAGAGCGGAGAAAUGUUUGGGGCGAGCUUCAUAGCGACCAGCUAGCUGCGGCAAAGGCGUAUGACAAGUAUCAUGAGCAGCGUCGACAAGGCCGAGAAAACGCGUGGGCUGUGUGUGAUCGCUUUGGGCUGUCCUCGUCCACCUUGGAUGACGUUGCCCAGCUGCGGCAGCAGUUCCUCCGGCACCUGGCCGAGACGGGCUUCGCAGAUGCCGAGGCUGGCGAGGACGGUGGCGAUCAGGUGAAUGUCCAUCAAUCAAAUUUGUCACUGGUGCGAUGUGUGAUGUGUGCGGGGCUUUUUCCAAACGUGGCGCAAGUGCAACGUCAAAGCAAUGCGCGUGGCACGUACCAUAUUUUUGUAAGCCGCCAGCGCGAACGUUGUGCACCACAUCCUUCGAGCCUCAAUUUUCGUCAGGGAAAUGAGUUUGCGGCCAAUCACGGCUGGCUGCUGUUUCACGACAAGGUGAAAACCUCCCAGGUGUACCUUCAUGAUACUACACUGAUAGGUUCCUUACCAAUUCUGCUUUUUGGCGGCGAUCUCAAGAUCUUGGCCAAGGAGCGGAAAUGUGUCACAGUGGACGGCAUGAUUUUCGAAGCCAAGGACGAAAAGGCAGCGGUCCUUUUCAAAGAGCUGCGACGGGAGCUUGAUCGUUUGUUGCUCUUGAAAGUCGCCAACCCUGCAGAGGAUUUGUCAACCUCAGCAGAGCCUUUGCUUUUGACCGUGUGCGGCUAUGAUCAGUUGCUGUGCGAUGCGGCCGGAGAUCAUACGGAGCCCUGGUGUGCCUUGAAAGAGAUGGGCUGCCCAGUGCAUUGCGCAGACGUGGAUUUUCAGUGCCACACUCCUGCCAGCUGCACUGGCUGCACCGCUGUGAAUUGGUGCUCCUCCGCCCCAUGUCCAGCUAGCUGCAAGGAUCACGAGAUCUCUUGCUCGGGAGCUUCUGGGAGUUACUGCGUGCCUUUUGACACCGGAUGCCCGGCAAAGUGCCACAAGGAUGAGUAUGAAUGUCACAGACCUGGUGUGAGUGCUGGGGAGGCCGGUGUCAAUUAUUGCUCUUCUGCCCCGUGCCCACCUGGGUGCAAUGAGACGGAAGUGGCCUGUGGUACCAAUGAUGGCGUCGAGUUCUGCGCGCCGAAGGAGCUGGGCUGUCCCGUGAAUUGCACGAAGUCGAUGAAUGCCUGCCAUGCACCACCCAAGUGCGACAACUGCACGGGCUUAAAUUGGUGCUCGGCAGCUCCUUGCCCAGAGCUUUGUGGCCACAAGGAGGUUUCAUGCAGCAGGCUGAAUGGCAGCAACUUUUGCGUCAAUCGCUCUGAGGGGUGCCCUGUGCAUUGUCACGAGAAGGAGGAGUCCUGCCACUGGCCACCACUAGAACCACACUACCAGGGAAUGAACUGGUGUUCCAAUGAGCCGUGCCCGACUGUUUGCAACGACACGCAGUUGGCCUGCAUGAAGGAGGAUGGGAGUGGCACUUGUGCUGAGAGAGAAGAUGGCUGCCCGGUGAAGUGCCAUGAUGACGAGUUCGCCUGUCAUUUGCCACCUCAGCACGAGGCCUGUGUGCAAUGGGCAUAUUGUCAUCACAUUAAGGCACCAGACCUUGCCAAGGGUUGGUUCCCGGUGUAUGACAUCGAGCGGCUCUAG